CAUACAUACAUCUUACGUAAUGACUCUCUCUUGGAGGGUUGGUGGACUCGGCUACAUCCACUAUGCAUCCACUAUACAUGUAGGAUAGUUCUUAAUAACCACCAUUCCACAACAUUAUUCAAUUGCUCUCUGUCUACGUUAUGAUGGCCAUAUAACCUCGGAUAUAUAUUAAUGUUCUACUGCUUAAGAAGAUGUAAUUAUAUCUCGCGAUACUGUUAGAUGAUUUUUAUCAGAUAAGGUGCAGUUGUGAACAUUCGUCACCUUUCUAGAUUUCGAAACGACCUGAGUUUGCAACAUUGCUUCUGAAUUCCGCAUCUCCACGUAUGCCCUUGGCGCUGGUUAUUUUAACCUAUUAAACCAGUGAAUGGUACCAAAUCGAACACCUAAUUAGUUAUCAACUGUGGUCCAGUUCAAGCCGAUAGAUGGAUUCAUUUUUAUAUCGAUGACAAUUUCAAUUGCUGAGUGAUAUAGAUGGAAAUAAUCCAUCAAGGAAUUCGUUUGUAGUCGCCUUCGUUGGUCAAGAGAAAGUGACCACUCAAUCUACUUUCGGAGCUGGAAAUAUCUCGGACAAUGAUCUUGACAAAUGAAUACCCUUCGCCGCAGCCUUUUGGAAAGUGAGUUUGGAUAAAAGGAAUUCAUACAGAUCCUCAUGGGACAACUCAGUCUGGACCUUCCCUAAUUGAUAAAUGAUUGCUCUGGUCCAACAAGAAAUCAAUAUCUUUCUUAUCAAAAAAUCGAUUUAAUUGCUUCGAUGGAAAAGGUUGUAUCAUUUAGAAAACGUAGUUCAUCCAUCUUCCAGUCUAUAUAGCAGCGUGACUAUACAAAGAAUUGAUAAAACAUUGUUUUAAAAGGGCACCAUGGAAAUCAUGAAUUUAAAAUCCCUGAGGCGAACAUUUUUUAUCUUGUUCUCUGUCAUGGGGCUCUUCCUAGUGCUUUCUUGCUUCGUCUCGACUGAAGAUUACUUCGCGAAAAAGACGCGGUUAGUUCAGAGCACGUACGACAGAACGACGCAUAACCUGAUGACGGCAUCGAAAACGACGCGUCAGUCACUGACGUUGAAGAGAACAACCGGAAGUCGUGAUGAAAGUGAUGGUCGCUUUACUUCUGGUCGAUCAACUACAGAUCUUGCUUAUCGUGCAGUAACCACGAUGAAAAGCAACAGCCUGGCGACUACUCGAAAGUCAAUUUCGAGAAAUAGGACUAGGGAUCGAGAAGGGGAAAUAUAUGGUAAAGGAAAGCUAAAUACGACUGGAGGCCAAGACGUCUUGCGUACCAAGGAAAGAUUUAUGCGGAAUCCCAGAGUCAGGCCUUUAAGAAUUAGUUCAAAACGAGAAAUACUACCAAAGAAUAACUUAGACACAAAAGAUGUUGCGAGAUAUCAUGAUCAAAACUUUACUGAAAACAGGCAGCUCUUUCUGCGCAAACCAAAACUCAGGCCAGUACAAUUAACAGGUAAUUCAUCGACAAAGGUUGAUAAAAUCGUAGAAUAUUCUAAUAAAUAUCGAAACUUUACCGAGAGUAGGAAUUUAACCAGCUUAAUUACCUCCAGUGCAACUUAUCCAUCUGAAGCAUCUGCUGCUGAGGAAUACGCAGAAGACAACAACAAGGUUUUGUUGAGACCCGUGGAAACGCGGGAAAGACCGGUAGCUCGUAAGAAUACUUUCCUGUCCAAGAAAUACAAAAACACUGAUCUCAUUGAACAGUUCAAGCAGCACUUUAUCGAUGGCAACGCUAAAGAUGCCGAGGAGAUUCUUGAGAAGAAACCUUGGAAAGUAGCCAAAGUAUUUUCUGGUGUCAAACAGCGCGACAGUAAGGAUAGAGACGCCAGACGCAGGUAUUUCGAGGAAGUGUCGAAACGAACAUUGCGAUUUGCGAGAGGUUUUGGGGAUCCUGAUAGGAGUGUUCUCAGGAAGGUUCACUGGCGGCCACAUUUAGACAACCAUAGCUACAGCUAUCUCAUCACUCCGCAUACAAACUGCCUUGAUUUCAAAGGCGACUAUGCAGAUGUGACUUUGUUCGUCUUCAUCUUGACAAGCCCUACUCAUUAUUCGAAUCGCAAAGUCAUUCGUCGUUCAUGGAUGGCGCAAGCAAAGAGAGAACACCUCGACAUGAAGAUGAUAUUUCUCCUUGGCGCUACCGAUGACAAGGUCGUUCAGCAUUACAUCGACGACGAGGCGGAACAGAACAGGGACAUCCUUCAAGAGAACUUCCAUGAUUCGUACGUCAACCUCACGCUCAAGACAAUCAUGGGACUGAAGUGGAGCACGCAGACGUGCCCCAAAGCCAAGUUCGUCAUGAAGGUCGAUGACGACGUAGCCGUGAACGUCGUCGACCUCAUGGCCUACCUGAAAACUGUCAACGCCUCCGACGCCCUCAUCGGCGGGAUCCUCACAAAAGGUGCAGCACCUUACCGCAAUUCCCGAAAGAAAUGGUAUGUACCAGAAGACGUGUACCCAGAACCGACCUAUCCACCUUAUCCUCAGGGAAAGAGCUACAUCAUGACGAUGGACGUUGCAAUGAAACUAUUCAUAACUUCCACAGAAAUUGAUAUAUUCCCAUGGGAGGAUGUUUUCAUUGGGAUAUGUCUGCAGAAGAUCGGGGUGCAACCCUCAGAGAUUCCUGGUUUCGAUGGGGCUGGGGCUAUAUUUAGUCCUCAAAGAGAAAUAUGGAGGGACGACGGAGCAUUGAAAAUCCUUCAGGGGAUGCUCAUAGUCUAUGAUUUGCGGGACUCUCAGAUCGAAUUAAUUUCUCAUGUAUGGCGUUACAAGACAUGGCCGACUGAGCACUGAAAUUGAAUUGAAGGUCGCAAUUUGAGUGCAAUAAUUUUAAAUGUGUAGAAGACAUUAAAGAACACAUUAAAAUCAUUGAUCAAUUGAAAAUGCCCGUAAACAUCUGCGAGGUCUUUGUCGAAAAUUGCCGAACCGGAACACCUGUUUCGUCCUACGUUUGGAGCUGUCGAAAAAUUGCAAAUAUGUCGUUUGUCUAAAGUCCACGACGAAACUUUUGACAAAGACUUAUUAGUUGUUCUUUGUCAUGUAGGUCAUUUGGUUGUAUAUUUUCUAUGUUCUUGAAUCCGUCGUGCGAGCCGAGCGAAAACGUCCUUAUGUGUCACUCUCAUCGUAAUUCUCUUGUGAAAUUUUAAAUUGCUUUAAUUCUUGAUUUUUUUCGUUGAUUUGUUCAUUCAUUACUGAUUUAUUGAUCUAUUUAUCUGUUACCCCAUACUAACUUAAAUAUUUAGUUAUCAAUGUUGAUUUAUUUAAUCUUAUUAGGUUAUAUUCCUUUAAUUUUAGACUUUCAGACAAGUGGAUUGUGCAAUAAACCACUCUG